AUGUAUCUCUUCAAACAGAAGAUCAAAGCUCCUGGUUUAAAAGAUGAGAAGAAUUUGGAAACUCCUACAAGUUUGGAUUUCUUUUGCGCCAGAACGAUAAACUCCAUCAGAUGUCACCUCACUAAAAUAAACGGCAUAAUUAACAACAGUAUUACCGAUAGGAAAAAAACUGGCUGCAAAGUAAAGGUUUUGGUGGAUAACCUGCUCUACAAUGUGCUAACAGAGUAUGUACAGAUACAAUUCCUAAGCAUUGAGCUAUUCGAUCAAGUUAUUUUGCUUUUUAAGAGAUUAGUUGUUGCGCUACCAAGCAUCAAAAAUGAGUUAUCAGCUACUUCAAGGCAAUGGAUCUCAAUAUCAAUUCAGUUGUUUCUAUUUGAGUUUAGCUAUUCGCCGCUCCCAAAUAUCCAAAAAAUGUUUUUAGACACCUUUUUACCAUCUAUUGUCAAUUUGUAUUUGUUAGACGUGGAAUUGUUGGAUAAUUGGUUUUUUCAUAAAAUGCAACAGCUGCAAUUGCCAAGUACGGAAGGUGUCGUAGGGGCAACUGCUGGAAACGCGGACGUAAAGGAUCAGUUUCCAAUGUAUUUCUUAGUUGAAAACCUUGUAUUCUCAAAAAUCAACGGUAGAUGGCUAUUGUAUGAGAAGAUGCUACUUCAAAUUAUAGAUUUAUCGAACUACUCAAAUCAAUUGGAAAGCUGGCUUUACAACAAUUCGGCAUUGCUCGAAAAUUUGAUACUAAUGGCAAGGCGACUUCAACUUGCUUCAAAUUUAGAAUUUGAGCAAUUUUAUGACUUGAUAAUCAAAAUUAUUCAUCAAACAAAGAAUUUAAGUAUCAAGGAAACCUAUGCAUCAAGAUUUCAAGAAUACAUUUGUUCACAAUUCAUUCAAACUCCUGAUAGUGACUUCUCUCCUACAGCAUUUACCAUGUCACUUUUGGGCUGGUCUGUGCGGCUGAUCCGAGAAUUUGCAGCCAUUCUCGAAGAUCCUAUCGUAAUGAAGUAUACCCUACAAGCUUGCAAAGAUAGACAUAUCACCGAUUUGAUAAGGGAUAUAUAUGGUACUCGCGAAGGAAAGAAUUUGACUUUAUUACUUAUAAAGUCGAUAAUUGAAUCUAAAAACGAGACUCUUACCCUGAGUUUGUUUUGUGAGGCAAGCGAAUCCAAAAACAUGGACAAUCUCAACACUCCAAAGGUUGACGAAAUAAGAAUAAGGGCAAUGCAAGUUUCCAAGUAUCUCGAAGACUAUCCCGUAAUUAGAAUGAGAGAUAAGAUCAUAGCACAAGAAUUUAAUAAUGCUUCUCAUGCUAAAUAUAAGUCACUUGACUUUUCAAAAUUAUUGCCAGCAAUUGUUAAGCAGUCGUUAGUUAAUUUCUUUCACAAUGAAGUUGAUGACAACCACAUACUAAUUACAAUAAUAGUGAGCUUGUUAGACUGCAAAAGUUUUGGUAUAAUAGAUGCAUUUAUUGGAAGAAUUAAUCAAGAAGAUUGUUCUGAUUUAUAUCAAAUAAUUAUGGGGUUUCUAUACGAGAAAUACACCUCUUAUGGGGAGGAAAGGAGUAAACAGAAAGAGGAAAAGUACGGUACCAUGUCAAGCAAGAUAACCCAUUUGAAGUAUCAAGAUUACUCCUUGAAAGAUCACUUUUGUUCUGGCUCAAAUGGUUCAAAUGUCAGCGAUGACAAUGUUGCUUCUUCGUCGGAAGCUUUGACUGCCAAUAUGCAUGAGUUUAGAAAACUUAUAAUCGAGCUUUAUCUAUCCAUAAAAGCCAAUCAGAGAGUUUCAUGA